AAUAGACGUCAGUUUGUCACUUUUUUACGGACACCAACCGUAAUUUUCUGCUGUGCAAUCGCAAAUUUGUUUUCUUUUUCGUGCCAAACGUAUAAAAUACAAAUAAAUAAACUCUAUUCUAGUGUACUAACAGUGUUUUAAGACCAAAGACGCGUGUAAAUCUCAAAAACAAUGGCAAAGGUGCACAUAACCAAUGUGGUUGUGCUCGACAACCCCAGUCCCUUUCUCAACCCUUUCCAAUUCGAAUUAACAUUCGAAUGCAUAGAAGAACUUAAAGAGGACCUCGAAUGGAAGAUGAUCUACGUCGGAUCGGCGGAAACAGAGGAGCACGACCAAGUUUUGGACACGAUAUACGUAGGUCCAAUACCAGAGGGUCGGCAUAUGUUUGUCUUCCAGGCGCCUCCGCCUGACGUCAACCGCAUACCUGAAAACGACGCUUUAGGAGUCACAGUGGUCUUACUAACAUGCUCAUACAGAAAACAGGAGUUCGUCAGAGUUGGUUACUUCAUAAACAACGAGUACAGUGAAAACGAGCCGGAAUUACGGGAAAAUCCGCCGGCGAAGCCCCAGUUUGACAAAGUAGUGAGGAAUAUUUUAGCAUCAGAGCCUAGAGUGACCAGAUUUAAGAUAAACUGGGCCGAGCCUGAUGCAGCAACUGGCACGGACUCCGGUGAUGGUAAUUUGGAAACAUCUCAUGCUCCGAGCAAUGAUUCUUACGGUGCAUCGUUCAAUGCGGACAGUCAAAUCAGUGGUAUAGAGUUCCAGGGUAGUCUAAGUGGUUACGGUGACAAUUCAAAUUCGAUCGCUCCUAUGGAAUGCUGAGAUUACCGAAACUUAGUGAAAUGACGCGGAUGGUGUUAACGAGUUGUUUGUACGGACAACAGCAAAAUUAGUGAUAGAAUAAUAUCGACUGAUGAAUGGUUUUGUUAAUAUAGUGUAAUAUAGGUUAGUUUGUAAAACUGAUAAGCCGUGGACGAUGCAUUAUAUUGGAUUGUUUUUUUCUAUUUAUUCUUUGUUCUGUUCUUACACUCACGGGUGCUGAAAACUGAAUCACAGGAAAAGGCACUGACUAUUGGUGAUAUGCUAGUGGACAUUUCAAUUAUUUGUCAUAAUUAAAUUAUAAAUGGCGCAUGACGUCACUCUUACAUAGAUUUUUUACAUAGAAGUGAUGUCACGCGACUUCACCUUAAUUAUUCAAUUAUGAAAAAAUAUAUGUCCAAUAAUAAUAAUGUUUUUAUACUCUGUCUGAUGGACUAAAUACAAUUUCGAUUUCAUUACCCAGUCUACAUCCCUAUUAUAAAUUUUGUUCCAUCAAUGUUGUUUUAAAAUUUUCUGGGUGCGAAUCUGCUUACAGUUUUUUUUUUUCUCUUUAUAUCUGCAAUCAACUUGGGUCAUAAUCAGAUGUUUUAUCUUGCGUUUUUUUGUGCUCUUAAGGAGGGGUAUUUCAGUAAAUUCUCUCCCUCGGUCUUCACUCAUUCACAUAGCAAUCUAGUCCAGCCUUCCAAUAUUCAGUCUUACAGAUGACCUCAAAAACGUCUUAUUUGAAAGAGCCCUCUCAAGGUUCAUCAUUUCAGCCAUAGGACGUCCACUGCUAAACAUAGGCCUCCCCUAAUGCUUUCCACGUUGAUUGAUUGGUAGCAGCCUGCAUCCAGCGCUUCCUUGCUACCUUUACGAUGUCGUCAGUCCACCUUGUAGGUGGACGUCCCACGCUGCGUUUUCCGGUACGCGGCCUCCAUUCCAGAACCUUGCUGCCCCAUCAUACCAUCAAGGUUACUGUGUCGCAUCUUUUGUUUUUAAUUAGAUCUGAGAUAUCAGUCCACAAGUGUCAUUUUUCAUUACCCUAACAAAGUCAGUGUACUAAAGCAUGAAUAGUGAUACUGUGUUUUGUUUCUCUUUUAUAAUGAAAGAGAGAGAACACACACUACAUUGUUGAUUCUUUACUAAUAAGGACUUCCAUUUCACACAAACACUUCAAUACAAUGCCUUCAUUGCUUUUCAGUAUAAUUGGUUUAGUUAUUAAGAUCAAAUUGACACCUUUCAAUGAAAUUUUCAUAACCAUGGUAAAAAUGUUCAAGAUUGAAAAGUUUGUAAAUAGUUAAUUUUUGUAUAAGAAAAACAUCUUGUUUUGUGGCUUUUAGGCUUUAUAAAAGUAACCUAAAGGGGUGGUUAAAGAAGCAAAAAUGUUAAAUUAGUCCAUCAGUUAACUUAUCAAAAAUAUUCGACACGCAUUUUUCACUUUUUUAAACUAAUGAGAUAAAGCACGCCAAAGUUCAAAAGAAGAGGCCCGUGACGUCAAGGCGUGGUUAAAAAUGUAGCACUUUUUGACGUCACGCACCAUAACUUCAUAGUUAUUUGUUUUAUCUACAUUUGUAAAAGCGAAAGGUCACUGACUGAAUGACUGACUCACUCAUCACGCAAUCUCAGCAACUACAAGUGCUAGGAGUCUCAAAUUUUGCAUGGGGGUUCCUUUUAAAACGUAAGUGCUCACUUAGGCGGGAUUUCGCAAAAUUCAACCCCUAAGGGUGUAAAACGGGAUCCACGUGUACGAAGUCGCGGGCGGCCGCUAGUUGACAAAUAAAAAUAUACGUGUCCAAUAUUUUUUGAUAAUACAAAUUGUCGGACUAAAAGUUUUUUUUAGGAAACUAGCCUAUUGCAGUUAAUGCCACUGCUAAAAUUUUACCUACAAUCAGGUUGAUUCUAGCCUAAUAUAUCAAUGAUUAGACUCCCCGCAGAUUACAAAUUUUUAAUCGGCCGAUAGUUGGGCCCGAUUCUAAUUUGUAUGAAAAAUCGGCCGAUUCCAAAUCGGUGUAGUGUGCGCACUUUCAUACAUGUUCAUACUGAUUAACAGUCCGACCUAUCGGCCAACUAAAACUCGGUGGUCUGCGCCUAGGCUUCACAAACGAUGCUUGCUUAAGUGAAGCAGCAAAUCGAACGCACAGCGUUGAAUGGACCUCUGUGAUUGGUUCGUGUGUGACCCUGCUUGCGUUCACGUGUACUGUGAGACCUCAUAGUAAUGUUUGGGAAUACGGACGUUAGAACAGAGGAUCAAAUUAAUUUUGAUAAAAACCAUGCAUAAUCAUUUUCUAAUUUGUAUGACCCAUAUUGGAAUCUAAUUCAGGAUCUGAAUACAUGUCGAAUUCAACUCAACUGAAAAUUAGCAUAACACACAUUUUGACAUAUACAUAUUUAUAAUUUGGAUAGAUAGAUCGUUUCAUCCACGAAGCCGCGCCCCACCAUUCUUCCGCUAAUGUUUGAGUGUUAUCGGUACACUCUAAAAUCAUCCAUGAGUGCACACGCACACUACAAUAAUGCCGCUCGGAAUGCUCGGAUCAAACUGCCUGCACCCCGCGCUUCCCUCAACCAAAAAUUGGUGGGGCGCGUCUUCGUGGAUGAAACGAUCUUUAAAGAAGCACUUAACAUACAUGUGACAAUGUUUCAAUAUUGCUUUAAAUAAUAUUGAAGAUUUCCGUGGAAUAAAUAUAUUUUGGUUCACCAACAACUGAGAAAAACUGUAAAUAUUUAUGUAUUUUAACACUUACUGAUAACAAAAAUUAUGAUGAUCAAGGUAUUUUAAUUUAUUUUAUUUUCUUUCUUAUGUGUAAAAACAUCUAGCCAUAUUAUUUCCAGUAAAAAUGAUUAAAAAAAGUGUCUCAAAAACUGUAUUUUUGUACACUCUACAUUUUUUAUUUGACAUCAUUGGGGUUACAACUCUAUCGAGCUAACUGCGUACCUCGCUGAAAUGUGACUCCCUCGCACUUAGAGCGACGAUGUGACGUAACGGCUGCCUGGUGCGCAGUUAACUUAAACGGGUGUAACUUAUAAGCUUUUGUUACUAACCAUGGUGAUUUUUAUAGUAAAAUUUCGCUUAGAUAUGUUAAAUAAUUUAUCAGUGGUCAAGUGCAAGCAAUUUUAAAGCUUAGUGUGCUCGACAUAAGGUACAAAGUUUAUGUUACACUGAAUUUAUGGUCAAUCAUUAUGGUCAAUACCGUUAUAAAAUUGACACAGAACAAAAUUUCGACUAAUAAACUGCUGGCAGUAUGUGAA